AUGGAGCGUGAAUUCUUCACAAAUCUACCAUCAGAUAUGACAAUCAACAUCCUAUCGCGGCUCUCUAUACGAGGCAUUGCAAUCAGCAAAUGUGUUUGCAAACCAUGGCUCAAUCUGAUCGAGUCCAACGAUAUCGUCAAAUCCAAAAUCAAAACCGCAUCUGCUCUAGUUCAUUUCACGCCCUCAGCUCGAUGCACGAUUUUCGAAAUUGAAGACGAAGACGAAGCUGAUUUGGAGAUCCCUCACCCAAACAGAUCACCAAUAGAAGGUACCACUGCUAAUGACUUGCUUCUUCUCUUCCCAUCAGCAACAAAAGGUAUUCCUCUUUACAUAUGCAAUCCGAUGACUCGUGAAUAUACUGAGCCCUCUUACCCUCUUUACAUCCUGGAGCGUGUGUUAAAAUUUGGAUUCGGUGUGAGCAAAAUAAGUGGGGAAUAUAAGGUGGUCUGCAUCAAUGCGGACAAUGGUUUCAACACUCAUUAUGUAUACACCCUCGGAACAGGAAAAUGGAGGCACAUUGAAGCCGGAGCUGCAUCUGAUUACAAAUUUUGGGCUCAACCUAUUUUAUGUAAUCACAGCCUCAAUUGGACGGUAAUAGAUUUGUGGUAUAACAAUUCUAUUUGUGGUUUUGACGUUGAAACAGAACGUUUUAGCAUCUUCUCUUUUCCUACUAAUGGAUAUGGAUAUGGGGAUUUGUGCGUUUUGAGAGACUGCUUGUGUUAUUGUUACACCUUUGAUGAUGAUUUUAUCAUAUGGUUGAUGAAGGAAUACCAAGUUGAGGAAUCUUGGACUAUAGAGUACAAGUUGGGUCCAAUUAUUUGUGAUUUUGAUUGGAAUUCUAUGCUUGUUGAACCAUUCAAACUUUUCAAAGAUGGUGACAUUUUGAUGUUAUUGGACAAAGGUCGUCUCAUCUACUAUUCCAACAAGAAAGGAACUUUUGAAUUUGUGGAUAUGUUUAAGGAUUUAGAUGCGACGGAUUUAGUCAGUCCCCUGAUUUUCAAUCCUAGCCUUUUCUCACUCAAAAAUUUUGGAUUUAAGAAUGUGAUAUCGUUUUAG